AUGAAUGUUGUUUUUCUGUUGAUUUUCAUCAGUAAAAUAUCAGCUGUUUUCCUCAAUGAACCGAAAUUCUGUCCAACUGUAAAAUGGAAUGAACCUGCAAUUACAUUUUUCCAGGACAAAAACCGUGGAUCAAAUCAUGCUAUUGAAAUAUUUAUUGACAUCGACAAUACGAUUUAUGCUAUCAAUACAGGAGGAGAUCAAAUUCUUGUUUGGCGUAAACACGACACUUUUCCCAUGACAAUUCAUGAUCAAGAUUGGUGCAUAUUUUCAUCUAUAUUUGUUCCAAAGAUUAACGAAAUUUAUAUUAGUUGUUGGCGCAGUGAAAUCAUUCGAUGGAUACCAAGUACGAAUACUUUUGUUAAUAUAACGACCUUUGAAUCACAAGGUUAUCAGCUAUUUAUCGAUAUUAAUAAUUAUUUAUAUUGUUCCAUGUUGUAUGCGGAUACAGUUGAAAAAAUAUGGCUAGACAGUGGAAUGGAAAUAACAGUUGUGGCUGGUACAGGUCGGGCAGGUUCAGCUCCAAAUGAAUUGAAUGAACCUAUGGGAAUCUUUGUUGAUACAAACUUGGAUUUAUAUGUAGCAGAUUCUGAAAAUAAUCGAAUUCAAUUAUUUCCACUCAAUGAAAAAAAUGGAAUAACAGUAGCAGGACAAAAUUCAGCAGACAUAACAAUUGAACUCUCUUCUCCACGCGCAAUUAUUUUAGAUGCUGAUAAAUAUCUUUUUAUUGCAGACUUUACGAAUGAUCGUAUUGUUGGAUCAGGACCAAAUGGUUUUCGAUGUUUAGUUGGAUAUUUGAUACUUAUGGAAACAUGUUUGUUGAAAGAUUCUUGUUCUAAUGUUCCACCAACGAUUCAAGCGAUACAUUCAUCGAUCUUAACAGACAAUCAUCCAACGUUUUCACGUACUAAAUUACAUCCUUCAAAUUAUCAUUAUGAAGCUAUAGAAUUGGUUGUAAAUAAAAAUGACUUCUAUAUCCUUACUGCUAAUAGUAGCGUUGAUCUCUAUGGUCAUGUAUAUAAACAUCAUUUUGAUCGACUUACUCCUAUGCAAAACCUAAUUGCAUGGCAUGGCAAAUGUUGUAAUAAAGAUCAGUUUAAAUUUACGCUUGAACUUUUAAAGAAUGAAACGUAUAUCUUAGUUGUAACAACAUACAAUCCAAACAUAACAGGCCCAUUCUCAAUCACCAUAUUUGGGUCGAAUCAAGUUCAUCUUGAAAACAUAAGUAUUGAACCAUCUGUUGAAUCAAUAUACAUAUCUGCACUGACGGAAGAUCAUGAAAAAUAUUCUCCUCCCGUCUGUGGAAGACAUUCAAAAUAUUACUAUGAAGCAAUACAAAUAAAUGUCAAUGAGAGUGGUUUUUAUACUAUUCUGAGCAGUAUUGAAGGUAUGGACAUGGACACGUCGAUUUUUAUCUAUGAAUAUGAAUUUUAUUCACUCUUUCCGGAUGGAUAUCUCGAACAUCAGGAUAUUUGCGAUAUUUAUGAUCCGGCAGGAAUUACCAUUAAACUUCAAACUAAUAUUCGAUACAUAAUGGUGGUAACAACAUGCUCACCAGAUACAACUGGAGAAUUUGUAAUUAAAGUACUUGGUAGGAACAACGUCAGUUUCCAACGUAUAAAUGCUUCGUCACCUGCUUACUCGAAUUAUUCAUUAGUAUUCACAACGAAUAAUCAAAUAUUUAUUAAAGAUAAUAGAACUGAUCGAUGUUUUUUUUAUGAAACUAUACGAUUGAUUGUACUCGUCGAUGGAUAUUAUACUCUUUCCAUUAAAGGAACUGCUUCUCUAGUAUUAAACGUCUAUAAAGAUCACUUCGAUCGGCGAAAUCUUUACAAAAAUCUUAUUUCAAGUAAAAGCCAUGUUUGUCUUCAAUACACGUAUAAUAAACAUACCGGUCAUUUUCGACGUGGAAGCACAUAUAUAUUAUUUGUGAAAGGUGAAGUUUCACCGUGGUUCGGCUUCGCCCAUGCUUUGUCAAUCGAUGUGUAUGGUCCCACGAAUGUUAUUCUUGAACGUAUCAAUGACAAUUCUGUUGGUUGUAAUGUUGGUGGUCCAUGUGAGACCCGAAGAAAACCGAUUGGAAUAAAUCUUGAUGAUAUUUUACGAUCACAAGUGAAACAAAGUAUGACAAUAAAUGAUCAACCAUUUGUUAUUAAAAUAGGUGGUGUUUUAUCAAUAAUUAUGUUUGUUGCUGCUCUAGCAAAUAGUAUUUGUUCAAUUUUAACACUUCAAAAUGCAAAUUUGCGAAAAAUUGGAUGUGGUUUGUAUCUUCUGGCAUCAUCAAUUACUUCUCUUUUGACAAUCACUAUGUUUACAAUCAAAUUUUGGUUUGUUGUUGUCACGAACAUGACUAGAUCUAUUGGCCACUCUAUUCCUGAAGGUGGUUGUAAGUCAAUUGAAACUCUUCUCAAACUUUUCUUUUAUUGGGAUGCCUGGCUCAAUGCAUGUGUUGCAACUGAACGUGCAAUGAAUGUUUACAAAGGAAUACAUUUUAAUCAAAAGAAAAGUAAACGAUUUGCUCGAUGGAUCAUAGUCAUUCUACCAAUUCUGAUUAUGGCCACGAUUAUUCAUGAACCAAUAUACAGAAAAAUACACAAACAUAAUGAAGAGAAGCACUCUACUCGUCGCACAAGAUUAAUAUAUGUAGAAGAAUUUGCGAAACCUAAGGAUAUUUGGUGUUACCCUAGUUAUUCUCCAGCAGUUGAAGAUUAUAACACAACUAUUUCAUUUAUUCAUCUUCUGGGUCCAUUUAUUGCAAAUCUUUUUUCUGCUUUGUUUAUCAUCAUUAGUAGUGCUCGACGACGAGCAGGCGUUCAAAGACAACAAACGUAUAGAGAACAUAUUCGUGGACAAUGGGCCGAACAUAAACAACUUGUCAUUAGUCCUGCAAUUCUACUUCUUUUAUCAACACCACGUCUGAUCCUUUCUUUGUUGGUCAAGGUAGAAAAAAAGGCUACAACUGAAGCUGAAGAUCGAUACUUAUUGAAAAUUAUGAAAGAGGAUCGAACAAAAUCUAGUCAAAAGUUAGCAGCUGAAUGGAAUUCAUCGAAUGGCAAACAAUUAUGUGCUUCUACUGUACGUCGUCGGCUGAUAAAUAUGGGUUAUAAAUGCUAUACAACUAAACGUAAACCAUUACGCACACCAGAUCAAAUCAAACAACGUUUAAAAUUUGCCAAGGACCAUAAACAUUGGUUAAAAGAAUGGCAAAAUAUCAUUUGGAGUGAUGAAGCACACUUCGAGGUGGUGAACAGAAAAAAUCGUACUUUAGUUCGUCGAUUACAAUCAGAAUCAAAUGAACCCUUCAAUUUCGUUCCGAGGGUUCAAGGUGGUGGUGGAAGUGGAAGUGUGUGGGGCUGUAUGUCUGGUGGUGCUCGUGGUCCAAUUGUUGUUUAUACUGGACGUUUGAAUGGCCCUGCAUACGUAAAAGUUAUCGAAGAAGCAUUGCCAAUGUUUAUUGAAAAUACAUUUGAUGCAUCAAAUAACAAUUGGGCUUAUAUGCAUGAUAAUGCACCGGCUCAUCGAUCUAAAUAUACAGCUGAUUGGUUUGAAAAUAAUCAUAUUAAUAUUUUGGAAUGGCCCAGUAACUCACCGGAUAUGAAUCCGAUUGAAAACGUUUGGGAUUAUAUGGAUAAAGAAUUAAGAAAACUGAAACCAACGAAUGUGGCCCAGCUUCAAGAGAUGUUAGGUAAGUUAUGGCGUGGUUUUACUCCGAUUUGA